AUGAUUGAAGCUCUCUUGGAGGGCAUGACGCCUGGAAAGGCGGCCCUAUGGCUAGUGGGUUUAUUUACGUUCGCUUGUACUUUGCGCAUGCUUCAGGUCUCUGCGCAAAUUUCGCGACUGGGUGCUAGAGCACCCAGAAUCAAAUUUCAUCUUCCAUAUGCCCUCGAUUUCAUCUACCACAGUCAAAAGGCAAAUGCACAGAAUAAAGACAUUCAAUAUUGGAAAACAAACAUUGAUCAAGCCGGUGGUUUAUCGAGCGUCAAAACAGCCGAACUCGACACUGGAAUAUCCACCCGCAUUGUCAUGACCACUGACCCCGAAAAUAUCAAAGCUCUCCUCACUGGCCAAUUUGCCGACUACGGAAAAGGUGAAUCCUUCCAUACGGAAUGGAAAGAAUUCCUCGGCGACAGUAUUUUCGCAACAGACGGGGAACUAUGGUCGCGUUCCCGCCAACUAAUCCGUCCCAUGUUCGCUCGUGAUCGAAUCGUCGACACUGAAAUCUUCGAGAAGCACGUCCAAAAGCUCAUUCCGCUUCUAGGCGGAAGCAGCUCCCCAAAUGCCAGCCGAGUUGUCGAUGUUGGCUCCUUGUUCUUUCGAUACACACUCGAUGCCGCUACGGAUUAUCUCCUAGGACAAGGCACAGACAGUUUAGAAAAUCCCGCGACGCGCUUUGCGGAAGCGUUCAGAUAUGUGCAACAACGACAAGCCGAACUAUUCCGAUACAGUGUUUUCGGUCGUUUCAUGUCUCGUACGGAGUUCCGACGAAAUCUUAAAAUCAUGGACCAAUUUCUUCAACCUUAUAUCGAAACUGUAUUAUCUUUAUCAACCGACGAAUUAGAUCAGAAGCUAUCAAAGCGCGAAACCUUCCUCGAUGCCUUAGCCCGCUUCACGCGUGAUCCACGCGUCCUGCGAGAUCAACUAGUCGCUGUUCUCCUCGCAGGCCGGGACACUACAGCUGGAACAUUAUCUUUCUGUCUCUUUGAAUUAUCCCGACAUCCCGAGGUAGUCGCCAAGCUACGCGAUGAGGUCCGCGAUCGUCUAGGUGUUGGCGCUAAAGGUCAAAAACCAAGCUACACAGAUCUGAAAGAGAUGAAGUAUCUCAACGCCGUCAUUAAUGAAACUAUGCGUUUAUAUCCCGUUGUUCCAUUUAAUGUCCGCUUCUCUCUUCAUGAUACCACUCUUCCUCGUGGAGGUGGCGCGGAUGGACAAGCGCCUGUGGGUAUCCGUGGAGGCACUCGAGUGAUUUAUUCGACUAUGCUCAUGCAGCGUGAUCCUGAUCUGUAUAAUGGACCGGAGUCGAAGAAUUAUUUUGAUCCUGCUCAAUGGAUUCCCGAGCGUUGGGUAGAGGGGUGGCAACCACGUCCAUGGCACUUUAUUCCGUUUAACGGUGGUCCGCGCAUUUGUAUUGGGCAACAGUUUGCUACCAUUGAGAUGGGAUAUACUAUUAUUCGAAUUCUUCAGGCUUAUGAGCGGAUCAUCGGUCUUCCCGUUAGUGGCAAAGAUCAGGUUGAGGAUCCCGUAUUACGAUUUGAGGUCACAUUGAGCCCUGGUGCAGAGUUUAAUUGUGUGUUUGUCAAGGAAGGAGAAGACUUUGCGCGUUCGCAGGCGGGCGUUUCUUCAUGA